AUGCUCGCCUCUACCGGUGCCCGGUACCGCUCUCUCGGGUCUGCCGCCUUACUCUUCCCGCUUCUGUGGCUUCUCGCCGUGGCAGUGCGUGUGCCGGGUUCCUCCCGGAGCAACCCGGUGGUUCUCGGCCACGUGUCUGGGGAUUCCCCGGCCAGCAGCCCGGGGAGGGGCGCUGGGGUCAGUCCACCACAGCCACCCCGAGUCUGGCUCCCGCGCCCGGACCCCGGGCCGUCCCUACGCGUCUCUCCGUCCAACACCGCCGGAAAGCCCGAGCCCAGACCGGCUGUUGUGGACGUGACCGCCACCGACCGAGGGAAGGCGAGUAGGAGCGGUAGCCGCCCUGCUGACCCUCGGUUCUCCGGUCAGAACUUGGAGGAGGUGGACGUGGAGCCCGUCCCGCCGAGUGUGAACGGCCGGGACGGGGCGACGGCGACCCCAGCCCCGGCCCCGGCUCAGAGAGCCGCUCGUUCGGCACCGGAUGAGAAGUUUUACUCGGUGACCGUGUCGGAGCAGCACAGGGUCGGGAGCAUCAUCUACACGGUGCCCGACCGCAGGUUCGAAGGACGGUGGUUUGAGGUGUUGUCCCCGGCGGACGCACCCGUGCAAGUGGAGCGGCACUCCGGCAAAGUUUACCUGGCCAAGGGGUUGCGCGACAGGUCGCCCGUCCGCAUCACCGUUCGAGUGAACAGUGCGAGAGGUGAAGAUUGGUACCUUUGCCAUUUGACGAUUAACGUGCUGAGGGAAAGUGUUCCAGAGUGGACGAUACCACUGUUCCCCUACUUAACAGUCGUAUCUCCGGAUGCUCCCAAGGGCACACCAGUUUUCCAGCUUUCUGCCUGGGAUGACUCUGAUCACUCUGCUGACGGAAUGGAAUACUUUCUGACAGAAGGUGGAGAGGAGAGAUUCGAAGUCGAUAGAAGUUCAGGUAUCAUCAAGACGACGGGCUUAACUCUGCUCAGGAACAACGAAUAUGUGUUGACCGUUUUGGCUGUCAAUAAGGAAGGCAACAAGGGACCUCAUGCAUCUGUUUUCAUCCUGGUUGGCUCCAGGCCUCCACAGUUUCUUAAUGUAUCCUACAAUGUAUUUGUUUCAGAAAAUAUCCCUGCCGGACAACCAAUUAUCGUCGUGGAAGCCAUUUCAUUCCAGAGAAAGCCUUUAUCCUAUUCUCUGCUGAUCAGUCCCAACAAUCUCUUCAGUAUCAACGAGGAGAACGGGGAGUUGAGUCUGAUACACAGCAUUGACUAUGAAAGUGAACCUCACCUCUACCAUCUGCUGGUCCGGGUGCAGGAAGCUGAGACAGGUCUCACCAGUGUCACUGAGGUGGUAAUCCACAUCACUGAUGAAAACGACUGCACGCCGGAGUUCCUGCAUUCUAUCUACAGCUGUGAUAACAUUCCUGAGAACAUUCCCAUUGGAACCUCUUUGCUGCAAGUGUUGGCGCAGGAUUGUGACACGGGCCUCAAUGCAGAGAUCUCCUAUUUCUCCCAGGCUGCUGAAUUUGCCGUCACUCCUCAGGGACUCGUCAGCCCAAAGCAACCACUGGACUAUGAGCAGCCCAACCACAUGUAUGAAUUUGCUGUCACCGCCGUCGACAAAGGCCACCCCCCUCGGACUGGGACAGCAUCCGUCAGGAUAAGGAUAACCAAUGUCAAUGACGAAAGCCCUGUGUUUUCACAGAACAUAUAUAAGACGUUCCUUUCUGAGGAUGCUGGACCCAACAGCCUGGUGGCUACCGUCCAUGCCAAAGAUCCUGAUGGAGACAACGUCAUUUACACAAUCACCGCUGGAAACCAAGAGAAAAAUUUUGUGCUUGACAGCCAAAAAGGUAUUAUAAAGCUUCGGAGAAGCCCACCGCCAAAACUGCAAGGACCUCAGUAUGUGCUAAACAUCACAGCAACAGACGACAACUCCUCCGGAGGCCCAAGGCCUCUCAGCAGCGUUGCUCAAGUGAGUGUGGGCAUCGAUGACGUGAAUAACAACAAGCCCGUCUUUCCAGAGUGUUUAAAGUACAGUGAAGAUGCCUGUGUCUUGGAAAACCAGCCUCCUGGAACCUUUGUGCUACAAGUCAAAGCCUUCGAUGCCGACCUUGGAGUGAAUGGACAGGUGAAAUAUGGACUCAUGCUGCGAGACGGAGUGACUCCUGCUUUCCGGAUUAAUCCGGACACCGGUUCGAUUACCACAACACAGAGUUUUGACCGGGAGAGGCAGCGAGAAUACACCGUGUCCGUGACUGCGACUGACCAGGCCCAGGAGCCGCUGAUUGGCGUCUGUCAGCUGACUAUACUCAUUGCCGACGAAAAUGACAACGACCCGAAGUUUGAGAACAGUCGCUAUCAAUAUUACUUGCGGGAGGACACGCCAGUUGGCACGAGUUUCCUGCGAGCAGCGGCUCAUGACGAUGACCAUGGGACCAAUGCAGCCAUCACCUAUUCGAUAUCAGGGCAGGAGCCGGAGUAUUUCCAGAUCAGCCCCAGCACAGGCUGGAUUUAUGUCAAUCACCCUAUUUCCCAGGUCGCGCAUAUCAGCUGUCAGAUUACAGCAAUGGACGGAGGUGGUCGAAGCAGCCAAGUGGAGUUAACUGUUUUUAUCACCAAUAUACACAACCAGCCACCGCAGUGGGAGCAAGAAACGUAUCAGAUAACAAUCCCGGAGAACACUACUCGAGACUUGAGGAUAGUGACGGUGAAGGCCACAUCUCCUCUUGGGGAUCCCAGAGUCACAUACAACCUAGAGGAAGGGCAGGUCCCUGAGACGAAUAUGCCUGUCCGCUUCUAUCUGAAACCCAACCGAGCAAAUGGAUCAGCUUCCAUUUUAGUUGCAGAACCACUGGACUUUGAAGGGACAAACUUUUUCACACUUCGGGUCAGGGCUCAGAAUGUGGCUGCUAUACCGCUGGCCUCCUUUGCCACCAUCUACAUAAACUUGACAGACGUCAACGACAACGUUCCUUUCUUUACCUCAUCGACAUACGAGGCUACAGUCCCGGAAGGGGCUGCAGUGGGCAUGUCAGUUGUGAAAGUAUCUGCGACAGAUCUGGAUUCUGGUCGUCAUGGGAAGGUGAAUUACGCCAUAGUGAAGGACCUCAGUGGAGAUUAUCGUUACUUCAGCAUUGAUUUUGAGACGGGGGUUAUAUUCACCCAGACAUCCUUUGACAGAGAGGUGAAAGGAUCAUACUUAAUAGAGAUCCAGUCUCAAGACAACUCGGAGUCUGCCCGGCCAGGCAAACAAGGACAACCCAACACAGACAUGGCGUAUGUGAGGAUUUUUGUCAGCGAUGUGAAUGACAACGCGCCAUUUUUCCCUCAGGAAGCCUAUACUAUCAGUGUAGACGAGGACAAGGACAUUGGGUUUGUUGUGAUAACAGUGUCUGCUAACGACGGAGAUGAAGGAGCAAACGCUAAGCUGCGGUACCAGAUUGCAUCAGGAAACGUUAAAGGGGCGUUUGACGUGGAGCCAGAGGUCGGAACAAUCUUUGUAGCUCAGCGGCUAAACUACGAGGACGAGCAGCGGUAUGAACUGCGGCUGGUGGCAUCGGAUGGAAAAUGGGAGAACCAAACACUGGUGACGGUCAAUGUCGUCAACAAGAAUGAUGAGGCCCCCGUCUUCACACAGAACGAAUACCAUGGCAGCAUCAAGGAAGAGCUUGUAAAACAGCCGGUAUUCGUCCUACAGGUUUCAGCGACAGACCCGGACCAGGGAGCAGACCAAAGUGCCUUGCGUUAUUCUCUCCACGGACAGGGGGCAAACAGCGAGUUCACCAUCGAAAAGCUCACCGGUAAAAUCUACACCAAGAAGAAACUAGACCGGGAGGAACGGUCUAUAUGGCGCUUUCUCGUUCUCGCUACUGAUGAAAAUGGUGAAGGGCUCACAGGUUUUGCUGAUGUCAUCGUUGAGGUCCACGAUGUCAAUGACAACCGGCCACUAUUCCUUUGUGCAGCUGAUGGCUGCUUCAUGGGAUACGUUCCAGAAAAUUCCCCGGCAGACACUUCCAUCAUGGAGAUGACGGCAACUGACUUGGAUGACCCCAAGGUUGGGAAAAAUGCAAUCGUAAUGUACAGAAUAAUCCAGAAUGUUCGAAAUGACAUCAAUCUCAACCUGUUUUCCAUCAAUCCUUCAACUGGAACUGUGUACACUGUGUUGGGUUCUCUGGACAGAGAGAAGGAGGAUAGGUAUCUGGUUGUGGUGGAAGCUCGAGACGGAGAAGGCCUGACAGGGACAGGAACAGCGACCAUUUUGGUUUCAGAUGUGAAUGAUCAUGCACCAGUCUUCACACAGAGCGUCUUCAGAGCAACGAUUCCUGAAAACACCGAGACAAACACUGAAGUUCUGGUUGUGCCAGCCACCGAUGAUGAUGAGGGAGAAAAUGCCCUGGUGACGUUCAGUAUCGUGGACGGUGAUGAAGACCAUAAAUUUCUCAUGGAAACAAAUCAUCUGAAGAAACAUGGGAUAAUUAAAUUGAAGAAAAGGCUUAAUUAUGAGAAAUUCACUGAGAGGCGGUUCAACUUAACCAUUAAGGUAGAAGAUCUGGACUAUUUUAGCUUGGCCACUUGUAUCAUUGAUGUCGAAGAUUACAAUGAUCACCCUCCAGUCUUCUCCCCACAAGUUUAUGAAGCAGGCCCCUUGCUGGAGGAUGUUUUCAUCGGAACUAGGAUGGUUCAGGUGACGGCGAUGGAUCUGGAUUCCGCCCAGAAUGGAAGGUUCACCUACAGUAUCGCAAACACUUCGGAUCCACUCCAGCAGUUCUCAGUGGACAGUGACGGCUGGGUUACCAUCGCCAGUGCUCUGGACCAUGAGACGACACCACAGCAUCAGCUGGUGGUCCUAGCCACCGACCAGGGAAGCCCACCACUGACGGGAAGUGCCACCAUCGCUUUAACUGUGCAAGACGUCAAUGACAAUGGACCGGACUUUGAGGUCCCGUACGCGCCAGUUGUCUGGGAGAACACAGCCCCCCCACAAACCAUCCAGUUAAACGACAGCUCGACCCUGAUUUAUGCCAAGGACAGGGAUAGCCCGGAGAACGGUGCUCCCUUCUCCUUCAGUUUGUUGACCCACAACGACAAUUGGACCAACUUUGCUUUAAAGGAUUAUGGCAAUGGCACAGCGGCUCUCACAGCUCUCCGUAUGUUUGACAGAGAGGAACAGAAAACCUUCUACCUGCCAGUGGUAAUCACCGACAGUGGGUCUCCACGUAUGAGUUCCACCAACACUUUGACCAUCACGAUUGGAGAUGUCAAUGACCACCCUCAUUCACCUGGUUGCGUGGAAUUUCUGGUCUACCAUUAUAAAGGUAUGCUCGGCAACACCGAGCUGGGAAAGGUGCAUGCUCCCGAUUUAGAUGACUGGGACUUGAAGACAUACAGGUUUAUUGGAGCACCUCCCAGAUAUUUUACCCUUAAUGAAAAGUCUGGUGUCCUGAAUAUAACUGAUGCCACACCUCCGGGCGUUUAUGAUUACCAGGUCAAAGUCGCAGAUGGCAUUUGGCCAGAUGUUGUCUCAACAGUGAAAAUUGUUGUUAAGCAACUGGAAGAAGGUGCCGUGUAUAAUGCUGGAUCUCUGAGACUGAGUGGCAUCACAGCAGAGGAGUUUAUAUCGCGGCCCACUGCAGAAGAAAGUAAAUACACCAAGCUGAGAAGGAUGCUGGCAGAAAUUAUUCCAGCGCAGCCGGAUAACAUUGAUAUAUUCAGCGUGGUAAACGUCAAGGGUCGGGUUGGAGAAGUAGAUGUCUGGUACACAGCACAAGAGUCGCCACUCCUCAAGGCAGAGAAAAUGAAUGGAAAUGUGGCAGCUUUCAAAGCUACGCUGGAAAGUCACUUAAACAUUAGCAUAUCCCAGGUUGGUGUGGACGAAUGUGUGGACACAGCCUGUGAGAUGGGGAAUGGUUGUACAAGCAUUACCAGCUUCAGCCCCAUCCCCUCAGUGCUGACAGCGAGAGAGGUUUCCUUAGCUUCCAUUACAACAUCCACCACAGCUCAGUGCAUCUGCUCGGCUCGAGAAGGACGACGUCUCUCCUGCUCCUCGUACCUGGUUAAUCCGUGUCUAAAUGGUGGCACUUGUGUCGAUGUUGAUUGGGGCUACAGGUGUGAGUGCAGUCCGAUGUUCGAUGGACCUGAAUGUCAGCAAACGCGGUACACGUUUAAAGGAGAUGGUUACGCUUGGUUCCCGCCAAUCAAGUCUUGCUUUAAGAGUUUAGUUUCCCUGGAAUUCCUGACUGAGACUUCUGACGGGCUGCUGCUCUACAAUGGUCCUCUCUCACACAUUCACUCCGGAGAGCCUGAAGACUCCAUUGCAUUAGAGCUGAGGAAUGGAGUCCCUUCACUCACCAUUAAUCAUGGUUCGGGGCCGCUCCAUCUCCAGAUGCAGGCCAGUGUCUAUGUUGCAGACCGUCACUGGCAUAGGCUGGAUAUAAGGAGUGAUGGAAAGAGAGUGGAGAUGAUCCUUGACCGUUGUGUUGCUGCUCCUGUGUCUGAGGCAGGAGGCGUGGGCAGGAGCCGCUCAGAAAUGGACCGCAGCUUGUGUGAGGUCUCAGGGGAAACUCCUGGCGAAGCAAGAUUUCUAAAUGUUCAGCAACCACUUCAGCUGGGUGGAACGAAGAAGGCAGCACCACAUCUCCCUGGACAACUACACUUCACAGGAUUCACAGGCUGUGUGAGAAACCUCAUUGUGGACAGCAAGGUGUACGAUCUGGGGAAUCCCGCAGAGUUCCUGAGUGGGGUGCCAGGCUGUGAACUGACCGACGGGGUGUGCCACAGCGCUGGGACGUACUCCUGUGGCAUUCGUGGGGAAUGUCUAGGAGAAUGGGGCUCCUUCAGCUGCCACUGCAGACCAGGUUAUACCGGAUACAAGUGUGAGAAAGUUCUACCUGAAUGGUCUUUCGAGAAGGACAGUCUGAUUCAGUUCCAGCAGAAAGGAGCUCUCAGCGCUCGCAGAACCCAAGUGCAGAUGAUGUUUCGUACCCGCAGCCCCAGCUGCUCCCUGCUCAGCCUGGCUUCCAAAGACACAAGUGAAUAUAUCAUACUGGAGAUUGAAAGUGGAUAUUUUGGAAUCCGUGUUAACCUUGGUGACCGGGAACAUUCGCUGAGGCUAGAAACGCUGCGGGUCGACAGUGGCCAGUGGAUUCUGGCGGACGUGGAGCGACAGGACAACGAGUUCACACUGCGUCUCAACAAUGCCGGAGGAGCCCUGGAGGUGACAUCUUCUCUCGGCACCCACAGAGAAAUCCUAAUCGAUGCUUCAAGUCUGGUUUUGGGAAAGAGUCUUCAUGUGAUUUCACCAAAUGAUUUUCAAGGCUGCAUGCGUGACGUUCGUUUAAAUGGUCACCCGUUGCCAAUGGAUGGAACGAAUACAAUAUUAACUGCAACCCUGGAUCGACGGGGUGUAACACGCAGCUGUCACUCGGAUGCCUGUCGCAGUAGGCCCUGUUAUAUCCCCUUCUCCUGUGUAGAUCUGUGGAGGAAACACGAGUGCAGGUGUCCAGUCGGACAGGUGCCAGUGAUAAGGAACCAAACUGGGUCCGAGGAUUGUGUGACGCCACCGUGCGGAGCGUGGGCGUGUUUCAGUGGAGGCACUUGCAUCGCCCGGGCACCGCAGCAGUUCACGUGCCACUGCACAGAGGGUUACAAAGGGGAGCACUGUGAGAUCAGCAUAAUGACUUCAGGAAUGGCAGCAGCCCUGAACGUCAACUCUCUCUUGGUCAUCAGCGUCUGCCUCAGCCUCGUAACAGCUCUGGUGAUUGGCUUCAGCGUGUGGGGCGUGUGUGCAAAAGCAAAGUUCCAGAAAGGAGGAGUGUACCACAUUCCUGUGGAGCACGAGAGUUGGGAAGAUAUUCGGGAAAACAUCCUGAAUUACGACGAAGAGGGAGGCGGAGAACAAGACCAGAAUGGCUAUGACAUCAGUGAACUGAAGAAACCUCUACGUGCGAGUCUGUCGCAAUCUUCGUCAACAACAUCUGCUCCUCCGGUAAAGGGCUUCGCUGAUUCUCAGGAAGAGAAGCAACUCAGCUCAAGAACUCACACAAAUGUCAUUUUUUCUGAACCUCUUCAGUAUGGUGUCCCAGACUUCAAAAGCUACGUGUCCCAGAUCAUCUGGGAUGCAGAUAAUGACCUGCGGGCUCUUCCAGAGGACACCGUGCAUAUUUACUGCUUCGAGGGGCAGGGCUCGCUGGCGGGGAGCCUGACCACUGUCAACACAUCAAACUUCGACGAAGACCUUGGUUCAGAAUAUCUCAGUGACUGGGGCACUAAGUUCCACAAACUGCAAGAACUCUGCACCCAAAAGCAGAACAACGGCCUGUAG